AUGUCGAAAGCGAGGAACGGGCCAGGGAAAGGCGUCAAGCCACGCCGGGAUGUUUUGGCAUCGCUCAAAAUGGCUUCUAUGGAGGAAAUCUCCAGGGCCUCACUUCCAGCGGAAAUAAUGUCCUUAAUCAUCGAUCAACUCUCUCCUGUCGACCUCAUUCGAGUGGCUCGGGCGUCCAAACUCCUACGCGAGAUGGCAUACGAUGAUUCGAGAUGGGUACAAAAGCUUAAACGAAUAGGAUGUUGGGAUGAGGCUCAGGCCAGGAAACAUGCGGAAGAGAAAUUCGGGACCAUCGCCAACAGACAGAGCGUCGAUCUGCAAGAAUCAGCUCUGGAACAACAACCGCUCGAGCAUCCAACGACGGAAUUGACUGCGCUUUCGGAUGGAUUUGAUAAGAUCAACUUAUCCACCUCUGUGGCCGACACUAAGCUGGGGGAAUCGGAAGCAGACCUAGCCCUGGUGGUGUUGAAACUGGCCAAGUCGAUCCGCGGAGAGGCUCGACAAGAAUACGGAAGAAUUCACGCGGCGCUGGCACCCUUUUAUGACGAUAUCACUAUUCUCGGAGCUUCUCCAGAUAACUUAUUGUUCCAGAAAUAUCCGGAUCCAGAGCAGCAGGCACAGAUGCUAUCCCAACUACAGGAUUUUGCUAAAAGUGAUACAACGGAGGGCUGGAAGGAACGUCACGAACGGCUGCAAACCGCGAUAUCUAUGUUCGAAACAGCUGCCUUGAGGGAGUUCAGGCACGGUUACGAGACGGAGGAUAUAGAUGAUAGAAUGAAGAAAUAUGCCUACGUUCUGUGCACGUUAAACGGCGGAGGCUCUGCCGCGGAGCUCUUCAUUCACCAUAACCAUAUAAUUACAAAAAAGUCCGAGAUUGGCAGGAUUGCUGACUGCAUCGAUGCAUCUACACAGCAAAUAAAACUUGAAUAUACACAAGUUUUUUUUACUCAGUUGAGUGUGGCCUUCAACGAAGAGGUCUCGAUCGCCAACCGUGCUUUCCCCCCAACCUUGAAAAUCGCCUCAUCUUUUGUUGAAAAGGUGGGACGUGAUGUCUUGUCGCCCUUUCUUACUGCAAUAUUUGACGAAUUGCAUCGCUCUAAUAUGGAGUCCUACUUGACUGCGGUUUCUGGGACUUUUGCGCAGUCGAUGAACCUUUGCGAUGUACUGUUACCCAUCCAGAAUUCUGCCGAGGGUUUUGGUGAACUCUUGCUGCUGGCCAUUGCUGAGGUGUACGAGCCUCAUAUGGAUUUGUAUCUUGCAGAAGAGCUGGAUUUUUUCCGCAAAGGCUCAGAGGCCGCAGUGGGAGAGUGGGACCGCCAACUCUCCGAGCAGGCCGCUUCAACCGAAUCCUACCUUAUGUCAAAUGUCAAUAGACAAGCUGAUAAGCGAGAUUUUCUGACUUCAUUCAAGAAAGUGAUCAUGGCACCUGUCAAUAUCCUCCCGGGGUUCUCCGGAAGCAAAUCGAAUGGGCAAAAGUCGGAUCAGGAUCCUCUGGCUGGGGAUUCUGCCUCAGCGCAGAAAUCUAAUCGGUUCUCAACCAUCUCCUCACCUGCUACACCGGUGACAGAAGCUCCGACCACGGAGCUUGCCGCGAAGGCGGCAGUCAUGAAAUCAAAACUCGAGGGUAUUCGAUCACUUUUCAGUAUUGAAGUCGCUCUUGGUUUGGUUCAUGCGGCCAAGUCAAGUUUGGAACGAGCCGCGCAAUUCGUGAGUAUUCGAGGAGACACAGGUGCGGCUGUGAAGCAGCAAUGUGAAGCUAUCUUCGUUGCGCUGCUACGCAUCCUCGGCCAGCACCACCUUAUAGAGGGGUUCAAUAAGGCCGUGGACCAUCUCUCCAAUUAUCGACCACGGGAGCAAGGAGAGCGUGACCAGUCUGGGGUCGAGCCCUUGGUAACCUUCUUGGAGCUGGUGAACGUUGGAGACCUGAUUCUCCAGAUGAUUGAUGUCUUUUACGAACAGGAGCUUGUUGGAUCUCAUCUGACUGAUCGAAAUGACUUCUUAGAUCCAGCUGUCAAGGAGAAGAAGAGGUUCGAACAGAGUCUCGACGAAAGGGUUGCAGCUGGAUUAAACAAGGGGAUUGACGUGCUAAUGGAGGAGGUGGAUUACAUCCUGGCAACAAGACAACUUGCGACGGAUUUUAACCCCAGCGUCUCUACAGAUCCUCACCGGAUUACGAUGGAUGUAAGCAUUACCGAAACUGCGGCCGCUGUGGUUGACGUUGUGUCAUCACAUACACAGAUGCUCAUUGGAAGCACGGAUAAGAGUACCCUUGAUGUCUUCAAUCAAGAAGUUGGUCUACGUCUUUUUACCGCUCUCUGUAAACAUUUGAAGCGCCAGAGGAUCAGCACCGAGGGAUCCUUGAAGCUCAUCAGCGACAUGAACCACUACUUCAAAUUCAUCCAGACGUUUAAGAACCACGAGCUACUUAUAUACUUCAAAGCUUUCAGAGAGCUGUCACAGAUUUACCUUAUCGACUCUUCUGAUGCCAAGGAACUAGCAACGAUCAUUGCUGAUGCGGACCGCUUCUCUGGAAUUUGGCGAGUGGAGGAAGUGUACGAAUUCGCCGAGCGACGGGCGGACUGGUUGCAAGUGAAGCGAGACGUAGAAAGAGCCAUGUAUGGGAUUGGGUGCAAUGUUAUGUGA